CAGAAGAAGAACCCGCUCCUCGCUGCAGCUAGCUGGAUCGGACAUGGAGCCGAGCUGGAGCGCGUUUCUCUUCCAGCAAACCAACGAUGCGUUGCAUCACCAGCAUCAACUAGCUGGGAACAGCCUCUUGCCGCUUCUCAAUUCUGGAACAGAACCACCCGAUGAGAAGCCAGUACUGCCCAUUCUUCUGGACCAGAAACCACCGGUCAGUUCUGCAGAACACCUGAAAGACAGUAUGGCUGGAGGAGGAGGAACAGGAGGAGGAGGGGGUUCGGUUCCUAUGAUUAAGAAGGAGCCUAAAUCAAAGACCCCCUUCAUUUGUGCUUACUGCAACAAGGCAUUUCGAGACAGCUAUCAUCUACGACGGCAUGAGUCCUGCCACACCGGUAUUAAGAUGGUGUCACGGCCUAAGAGGACCCAAAUGGCCCCCACCAUGGUGCCCCUGGUGUCCACGGUAACCCGCGACAACAGUGGGAAUCCUUCAUAUGUCACUACUGUGGCAGGCAUCCUGACCACAGCCACGACAUCAGCGUCCACAGGAACGGGCAUCAUGGCCCCGGUACCACCCCAGCAGACAGCCCCCAAAAAGCCCCCGAAACCGGUGAAAAAGAACCACGGCUGUGACAUGUGCGGGAAGGCCUUCAGGGACGUUUACCACCUGAACCGCCACAAACUCUCGCACUCCGAUGAAAAGCCGUUUGAGUGCCCGAUCUGCCAGCAGAGGUUCAAAAGGAAGGACCGCAUGACCUACCACGUACGCUCGCACGACGGCGGCGUGCACAAGCCUUACAUCUGCUCCGUCUGUGGGAAGGGCUUCUCCAGACCUGACCACCUGAGCUGUCAUGUCAAGCAUGUCCACUCAUCAGAGCGGCCGUUCAAGUGCCAAGUUACGGCAUGUACGUCUGCCUUCGCUACCAAAGACCGCCUGCGCUCCCACAUGAUCCGGCACGAAGGUAAAGUGACCUGCACCAUCUGUGGUAAAAUGCUGAGCGCCGCUUACAUCACCAGCCACCUGAAGACCCACGGCCAGGCCAGCUUCAACAACACCUGCAACAGCAAAGGAAUAAGUAACCGGCAGUGGAACCACUCAGGCUCACAGAAAGGUGAGUUGACGGUAGGAGAGAUUUUAAAUAACUCCUUCCAAGUCCUAAUAGACAACCGUCACAGAGAUGCAAACAAUGUGCACAACAGCUCCAACACCACGCCAGCCACAGACUCUUCUGCCAUCACAUCGGCAGCGAAUCGCAACGCCAUCGGGGGGAAUCCGGUCACCGUGGCUGCUCAGAUGAACGUCGCCACCAACACCGUCAACAUCACGUCAGCGGUCAACCUGCAGCACCCGGUCACCAUCACGGGCCCCGUCAACCUCACCUCCAUCAACAUCCCUACUACGGCGCAUAUGAACCUCGGCCACCCGGUCGCCAUCAGCACCCCCAUGCCCAUGAACAUCACCGCGCCACUCAACAUCACCAUGAGGUCCAUGGAGAGCAUGCCCUUCCUGUCCCAGAUCCUGCCAUCGUCCCCGCCGUGGUAGAGCUGCACCGGCUCUGGUAGCGGCUCUGGUAGCGGCUCCGGUAGCAGCUGGUAAUGUUUGAAACUGCCUUGCAGAAAACAGGGACAUCAGAUGUGAGGAGGAUGUCCCUGAGACUCGGCUACUAGAGCGCAAACGUCAGAAGGUUAGUAGUGGGGGUUCAGCCUCUCAGUCAUUAUUGAGGCGUCGUUUCACACCCGUGAGUUCGUCAUAGGACUUGGCAUGUCCACAACGCAUCGGACAGUCGUUCUCCAGAAACAUCCCCAGCACCGAUGUGUUACGGAAUGAUGCUUUAUUUAUUUACGGUGUUCUUAUGUAGGAAAUUUCUAAAAACAAGUUUUAUUUCUACUAAUUACUUGAAAAACUAAGGUACUUAAUCACAUUUAGAGUAAAAAUCGUGGUAAAUGCCGCACCAGAAGUCUGAAGGCAGAUCCGUCUGAAACUGCUCAUCGGAGGCGUUUCUACUUUCAGGGGCUGCUCUGAUUGGUUGCUCCGGAGUCAAAGUUGUAAGACGUCUCGUGGUGAUGCGUUUAGCUGUUACACUUCAAGAAGGAAACGGAACAGAUUUGUUGAAGUUCAAGUUGAGCAAGCUCAAUUUAGGCCAGCUGAAUUAGCAUUACGGACCAGUUUUACAGAGCGACAAAAACAGCAUGACAGAGUGAGGUUGAAAAAACAUAUUUUUUUAAAUAAAUGUAUUUUUAUAAUCUUUUGCAAGUGAAGACAGCUCAUUUUCCUUCUCUACAAAUUCUGGAUACUGAGGCUGAGCUUGUGGCCUGGUUGCCCUCUGGUGGCUGCGGGACGUCUAUGCAUCCAUGCCGUCUCUGAUAGAAGCAGCUCUCAUGUCCUCCAGCUGGACCUCAGUCUUCAUCAGCAGCUCUGACCUGCUGGACCUCCACAGAGCACUUCCUUCAACCUCUCAUGCUCACGUCCUAGUGUGUUACCACACGACUGCUUCCAUUACCUGGAUGAUGUCACAGGCUGCGGUACGUGUAGGACCCUCUCUACCUGGAGAGGUUUGUGGCCUCUACUUACAGCUCAGAAAGGACAGUGGAGCAGGGAGAGACCAGUCCCCUGGUAGGACAAGAGACCAACGUUAGAAGAAAUGGACUUUCGUACCAGUCACAGGUUCAAGCCUCUAAAAUGCUCCGGGUGCCGGUCUAGAUCGAUCUGAUCCCUGACUGUAAAUGCCUCCUUGACAGUCUGGUCUAAGACACAAGCUGCUGCGUUAAAUGAGGCGGUUUUUCAUUGGGACAGAAACACAAAAAGAACUUUUUUCUUCAUGUUUGAUGUGGUUUCAUGUGGACGGCAGUUAAAACAUUCCCAGCUGCUACUCGCUCAGAUCAGUUUCAUAUCCAUCUUACUUUGCAAGCUCUAGUCGUUGGCUUCAGUGUGAUGGAUGUCCGACAGACGGGGCAUCACCCAAACACAUCAACUUAUCUGCUGUUGGGAAGUGAAGCUUCUCUGAUCUUCUUCGGUUCGGUUUGAAGGACAUGAAGGUGGCCACUCGCACGGUUUCUUCUCCACUUGCCUCCAGACGUUCAUGCGUGGCGACGUCCGGCGGCGGACCGGCUCCUUCUGCUGCUCUUGUGUUGAGUUGCUCGUAUGCUUCCUCUUAAAGUCACUCUAGGGCUUUUUGUUGUUUUAAUGGACUUGUCAGUAUUCAAUAGUGGCUGAAUGUCUCGGCGUCAUCAGCGCCUUCCCAAGUGGACGUUUCUGGGAACCUCCUCGUCGCUGGGAGUUCUGGUGUCUCUGCCAGCGGUUUGGGUGUCGUCUUAUCAGGACGCGAGGACCUGCUGAGAUCACGUCCAUUCGGCUGGGUUUUUAUCAACGUGGUAACUGUCAGACACACCUGUACAGGUGGACGUGGGAGGACUUUUACUGUAAUACGUAAAGGUAAAACCUUUUUUAUUGUUGAAAUAAAAAUCAUCUGAUCAUGGUGGGUCUAGUAAACACAACUUCAAACAACAAAAUAGAACUUUUUUCUCAUUUAUUUAACAAUGAAGCCAACUGACUAGUGAUUUCCGCUUGAAGAGCGUUGGAGCCCAGACAGUUUUAAAAUGUUUUUUUAACUUUUCCAGAGUGAAGUGCAGCUACAGCCGCCUCUCUACGACCAUUGCUGAUGUCUCUCCUCCUUGGACUCACUAUGAUCGAAUGGUUUUUAUUAUGUUUUUACACCAAAAGGGGGUGGGGGUGGAGGGACGAACUUCUGCGCAUGUGAAACCAGCUCUGUAGUUUCUUCACAUGAUUUUAAAUGUUCUCUCUGCCAGUCAAACUCAGGAAGGCGACUGAGGGUGGUCUUCUGGAGGUUUCUUUGCCAACAUAAACCCCUUGUCUCGAAGCCAACGGAGAUCAGACGUGGGCCUGAGGGCGUGAGGCGUCUUUAGACUCCAGCAUCACAGGACUUCCUGUUUUAGGAGAGCCGCUCUGCAUCAGGUGCAUGUCUGAGUUUAGUACCAGUGGGUGGGAGGAGCUCAACGGAUGUAGUGAAGCAGCACGAGGAUUGAUGGCAUGUGAGCGUGUGCACUUGAGGCCCUUGCUUUAGAUUUUAACCCUAAAAAAACUUAAGACAAGAUUAUUAUUUAAAAGCUGCUCUUACAGCGAGAUGACAGAACUCACAGUGCCUUGUUAAAGUCUUCUUAAAGAUAAAGCUCCAUCCUGGUGGACUUGGUUCCCCGCAGGAUGAUGGUGCUGCCGCCGUGCUUCGCUGUGGGGAUCCUUCUCUCCACAUGAUAAACUUUGUGCCUCGUUCUAGUGCCAAACCUUUUGAUUUCCUAAUGUCCAAUAUUGAUGGGUCUGAGUGAUACCUUGUAAAUAACUUUGGCCUUGAGCUGUUUGCAGAGCUCUCUGGUCUUUGUUUAGCUGUUACAGAUCAUGUGACACAUGCUCGUCAGUAUGAACUGUCAGGAAGUGUCUCACUGUUAUCGAUUAAUGUCGCAAUUCUGCACUGGCCAAUGUUUCUGGAUGAAAUCUGCUUCAGUGGAGUCGGUCAUGUGACUGUCCACCACUCCUGGCUGUAAUCCCUUAUCCACAAACGUCUGGACAGAUGUUGAAGCCGUCACUCCACACAUGGACAACGCUAGAAAUGUUGCCCUCUUUUUCCUCGGCUUUUCUUCUCAUUAUAAUUAGUUUAUGAAUUUGUCAGUUUCCACUGCAUGAAAGCUUCAAAGGGAAGUAAUCCCGGCUCCCUGCUGCUGCAUCCGUAUUAACUUCCAUAAACCUGACGGUCUGUGUUUGACGUCGGUUCUAGCCCCUCGUGCGUGUCACUUCAAAAUAGAAGUCUGUUGACGAAGAAGUCUAAUACAAGACGCAUUUAAAAUACUCUGAUCCGAAUAAAGCAUUACGGUCUGCAGUGUGAACGCAGCCUCAAAGACCAGAUCCACAUUGAGGGGAAAAUGGUCUGGGUGGGUUCUGAAAGACGAGCUGAUGGUUUAGGUUAAGCUUUCGUAUGUGUUGUAUUUUUAACAUUUCCGGCUGCUAUAUUUUUAGAUUUAGGUACAAAUGUAGGGCCUCGUAGUGGAAGUGCGAAUUCAUGUUUAAAGACUACUUUUCUUUUUUCUGUACCUUUCACCCCAUCUAGGUCCAUUUUGUCCACAAAUACGCCCAAACGCGUCAUUUAAGGGUGUGAGGCAUCAUUAAAUGGUAAAAGGAGUCCUUUUACAAGGCACUGUCAGGUCUGGAACGCUGCGUUUACGUGGCGUGAUAGCAACUCACAAAGAAGGGGUUCCAUCAGCAGGGGUCCAGGGUCCUGGUACGGGGCCUCCAGUUCUUGGCGUGACUUUAUCAACGUGAACCGUCCCACAGGGAAGGGUUUUCAGCGACCUUGAUAGGGCAGAGACGAGUGUAAAUUAUGAUUCAUCUCAUUUGUCCAGUGUACCCCCUACAGUGGGGGGUGGCAAACUUGACUCCCACCACUUCCUCCACCCAGCACACCACAUACACAAACAACGCUUCCACUACACAACACAUCCCAGUAAGAAGCUCAGCAACCAGUUCAGUUCCUUUCAUGUUGAUCUCAUUUCUCUAGUUCACUUUUCCUGCUACUUCCUGUUUGUUGAUGUGAAAUAUUGAACCUGUUGCGCAACAUAAACGUCAAAGAAAAUGUUGAGUCAAAAAGUGGUUGUCGUGACUAGGGCUGCACAGUAUGAAGAAACGUGCCAUAUCAUAGUUGGAAAUGUUGACAUGACCUUUGUUAUGUAAACCAGUUCUUCAGUGUUUGGUGCUCAUGUCUUUUCUGCUUUAUUGCUCAAAUUGACCCCUGGCAAUAAAGGCAAUGAAGUCACAAAAAUGUAUAUGUAUUACUUCUAUAUCAGCAGCAUGACUUGUAUAAACCAAAAAAACUGCAUUCUGCAGCACUCUUCAGGCAUAUUAGUGUCUAAGUUGGCAAAUUAAUAUAUUUAACAUAUAUUUAGAAUGCAUGGCUUUUAAUAGAAUAUUUGUGACACACACAUUUAUUUCACGUGUGUGUGUGUGUGUAUGUAUGUAUAUAUUUUAUAUAUAUAUAUAUAUAUAUAUAUAUAUAUAUAUAUAUAUAUAUAUAUAUAUAUUAUAUAUAUAUAUACACACACACACACUCUCACAUGAUGAUAUUGUGAUGAAAAAAAUUCCAUAUACUGUGCAUCCCUGGUCUUUACCAACGUCCAGUGAAUCAUGGGGUUCAACACUGGACCUCAGGAUCCACUGUAGAUUAGACAACUGAAAGGAGCUGUUGCUGUUCCUGUCUCCGAGGUUUUACCCCAGAUCCCUGCUAAUGGUAGUUGUCCUUAAGUAGCUACCGCAUGUCUGGAGUAAAACCAGUGAAUGAAUUUUCGUGGUUGAUAACACAUUUUCAGGACAGACUGAAUGAAUCAAGUAAACCCCCACGUGGGCAGUGCAACGGUAUUUAAGAAGACCUUUUUAAACAGAUGAUGAAUUCUGGAACUUGUACUUUGGACUGCCCAGAUGUGAGAGCCACUGAGCUCCUAGCUGGCUCGCCAAUAUAUCCAUCAAUAAGUACGGUGAUGUGUGGAAUGGCAUUUUUGGAAAGAUAUUUCAAUUUUUUUCUUUUUUUUUUUGUUGAUGCAUGGGUAUGACUGACCUGUGCAGGUUUGACUUCAACUUUAUCAAAAGAACACUAAAACGCGGUGAGUGAGUGUGUGCUGUCAUUUGUUCUUGUUUCAUGUACAAAAUAUUUUGGAGGACGCCUCUAACUAUUGAAGCUUCCUCCUCGAUGUGCUGUGUGAUGGAACGGUGGUGGAACAGUCCUUCAUCCGCUGAGACAGCUGACCACCACUCCGCUGUCAGCUUUAUUUUUCAGAAGCUGGUCAUUGUGAUGCACCACUUGACAAACAAUGUUGAAAUGAAUCAGUUGGAUCUAUGUUUGAGCAAACUCUUGUUUUGGUGAACUUCUGCCUUGUGGCGUUUCUCUAAUUUGACUCCAACCAAAUGUGAAAAACAAAACAUUUGUUUGGCCAAGUGAUGAUUUAGAGAACUUUUGUUCUGACUGAAGUUUUAAUGAAUUUGGCAGACGUGAAGGCAGAUGAAUGUAUAUGUUUGUACAAACCAUUUAGUUCAGAGGACAUGUUAGUUAUGUCACACAUGCAAGGAAAAAAAAAUAACAUUUUUAUACAUCCUUUUUGUAUUAGAACAUUAACAAUGGUAAUUUUUGUAAAUACCAAACUUAGGCUUUCUGAUUAGCAGAGAGGUGAAACAUUCCUACAUUUUUUUAAAUGUAUGUCUAUUGCAAAUGUUUCAUGUGCCUUUUAUUUGGGUUGGUCUGAAUAAAAGAAACCGGAGCGUGAUUGUGGACUGUCUGAGUCUCAGAGGGAAGGGGCAACUCCUGAAGCCGAGGUUUCUGGGGUUCUGGUCCAGGUCCGGACAGGUCCACUGUGUCUCCACGGGCUCACAGUUGACUGCUCACCAUAGAAGUGCCUCAGUGGUUCACUUAUCAGAGGGGAUUGGGGGAUUUGUGCCAAAUUAUAGUUUGUAUAUGAGGACAAAGACAUUUUUCCCCUUUUAGUAACUAUUAAAUGGAAAAUGUAGCA